CUUUAAUGCGCUUUCAAUUAUUAACAUUGAAAUGUUCAGGCAGAGACAUAACCCAUCGCCGACUUUCCCCAGAGCAUCACAUAGCUCACAAACGAAUGCGCCACGGCAAAGCUAUGCGCCUCGACCUCUCUACUCCUGAUCCCGACCCGAUGGUCUUACGACCAGUACCUCCUUAGUAUUAACUACCUCGAAUAUGGCCCUCGAGCCUGGUCCUCGCCGUUCUACCUCGCCAGAGAGCUCUGGAUUGAGCACUCCUACAGUAAGACAAUGGAGGAACCAGUUAGGCGCAGAGGACGCUCCAAUAAAAGACAAGCACUACCGAAAAUAUGCGUCAGGCGUCGAGCGAGCCCUGUCGCUGUUUGAUACAGCUUUAGAAGAAUGGGCCGAUUACAUAUCUUUUUUGAGUAGACUACUUAAAGCACUACAAUCACGUCAAGCGAAUACUACCUCUAUACCCUCCAAAACCCUCGUCGCAAAGCGUCUCUCGCAAUGUCUAAACCCUUCACUUCCCUCUGGCGUGCACCAGAAAGCCCUGGAAGUAUACAGCUAUGUGUUCUCGAUUAUAGGGAAGGAUGGUCUAUCAAGAGAUCUUCCUCUAUACCUCCCCGGCUUAGCCCCGACGUUGUCGUUUGCGUCCCUAACCGCCAGAGCCCCAUUUCUCGAUCUCCUCGAAAGCCAUGUGCUUCAAGUUGACCCUAGGUCCCUUAGACCGGCAAUGAAAAGUGUUAUUUUGGCGUUAUUACCUGGAUUGGAGGACGAAACAAGUGAAGAUUUUGAUCGAACGUUGAGAAUAUUAGAAAAUUUCAAGGCUGCUAUCCGUCCCGCACAUCGCGAAGAUCUUACAGCAAUAGAUUCAACUGGAGACGAUUUCUUUUGGCAGUGCUUCUUUCUGGCUACAAUUACGAGCCAGAGUAGACGACCUGGUGCUCUUGCCUAUCUUGUUCGUAGGCUGCCAAAGUUAGGAGAGUCCCCUACUCAAGAGGUUCACCCAGGUCAAGCAGGACAAGCUGAGACUGAAACCCUCUCGUCGGCGCUUUCGAAUCUUGUGACCUCUCCAGAGCCUGGUUUACUUCUUAGAUGUUUCGCUUCCGGAUUAGGUGACGAGCAACUUCUCAUUCAACGAGGCUUUUUGGAUCUUUUGGUCACACAUCUCCCUUUACACUCCAAGGUGCUACAAAAAAGAGCCAAGAGUGAAGAUCUGGAACUUUUACUUCGUGCUGCAGCUGGUGUUGUAACUCGGAGGGAUAUGAGUCUUAAUCGACGGCUUUGGGCGUGGUUUUUGGGACCAGAACCUCAAAACCAGGAACACGAAAACGGCCUAGAGUCGCCUAUUUCACAAUCCGAGCACCACGGGUUUUAUAAUUCCAAAACGAGUUACUUUGAAGAAUACGGAUUACAACCUCUUACUCACGCUUUAUUAUCAAUGGUCAGUUCCGCGUCUAGCAGCAGUCCAGCAGAAAGAGCCCGACCAUACCGAAUUUGUCUCUCCCUAAUGGAUAGAUGGGAAAUAGGCGGCCUAGUGGUUCCGGAGAUCUUCCUCCCGGUAAUAAUCAGUGUUAAGAAUUUCAAGUCAAAAUCAUCGAGUAAGGCCGAAUUUAACGAAGUAUUGCGCAGCGCAAGCGUGUUCUUUGAUGGCGUCGAGAGUGGUCUUAUAUAUGGCGAAAUGAUAGGGCUUGUAGCACACGCCAUUAGUCCAGGAAAUACAACGGACGCAGAGCGCAAUGAGAAGCUUGCGCUCGUUCAAUUUAUCAUGGCACAUUUUAACAUCCGUGAAGAGGAAAUGAUAACCCUUCAUGCACCCCUAGCCGCUUUAUCCAUCUUAGCGAUGCUAGAGGAUAUGAAGGACAAAGGUUCAUCUGGAAAUCCUACCCUUCAAUCUCAGGCACUGGAUAUUGCCCGAAAUUUGGUUGAGCUCAUACCACAACGAGCAUUUCCAUCCAGAUCAGGAGAACGGGACUCAAUUGGUUCCAUAGAGAGUCCAGUAGUAGCAUCCACGUCAAAUAGCGAAAUGCUCAAGAAAAUCAGAAAUUUCUAUAUUUCUGAUCAAGGAAAUCUUGAAGCAACCCCGUUGCCCUUCGCCCCACGAACCGUCGGAGCCUUACUAGCCCAAAAAGCUUGCAGUUUGACUUGCGAUAGUCUUGCAACCGCCGACCAGGAGGCCUCAUUAUCUAUCAGAAGCCGACUCAUAGGGUUAAUUCUUAACAAGAUUCCACACGAGUAUAGUAUAGAUACCGAAAGACUACUGUUAGCUAUGCAAAAACGGCUAUCGGUACCCAGCAUACCUUUCGUCUCAUUCAAAUCUAUCCUAUCACUUUCAACACAACUUUACACUAGCGAAAGGAUACCGGUGUCCUAUCUUUCAGAUCUAGCUGAGCCAUUAGUGCGCCACGCGUGGGGAUUUCUAUCUCUAUCAGAACCGAAAUACCACGUCGAGACCGUGAGAUGCUUAUGGCAGCUGCAGACAGCUCUCACAAUAUCAAAUCGCGAUAUUGAAGCGGUAAUCACUGAUCUCAUGCUCAAAGACGGAACGACGGGUACUUUUUCAAUACGGCCAGCUGACCCAGGUCGGAGUUUUACCAUACUCUGGUCUCAUUCAUUACAAGACAAUACUUCACAUUCUGAUCGAAGAGUUCCAAAAACCCCUACGAGUGACUAUAGACCCCCAUUCCGACUAUCAGGGACAGACCACUACGAUAUAAUCCUUACCAGGCCCCUUUUCUUAAUGCUGGACUCGUUAUUAGAUGAACGGACCCAAUUGUUUAUGAUGGUCAAGAAUUGGUUGAAUACCAUGGUCGGCAUUGAUAAACUUUUCUUAAUAUUUGUGUCAAAGAUCUCACACCUCCAGUUUCUUCGAUCUUCCCCUAAGACUGCAAACACCGGCGCAUCAAGUCAGUCUGUUGAAUUCUCAGCAGAGGACGACCUGGACCUUGCACUCUACUAUCUCCGUACCUUGUCGAAUAUUUUCCGAUGGGCACCUGAUGCAUUUUGGGGAGUCCUCGCAACGUGGAUGAUCGAGGAACCCACACAGAAUAUAAUAGAGAUAACUUGUACUGAAAGUAGUUUGUCUCUUCAAGAAUUCUUCCUACGAGUCUGCAUGCGGUGUAUCGCUGGAAAUCAGUUUCCAAGCGACAGCCAAAUGCAACUUCGGGUUGCCCAACUCCAUCGCUGCGCGUUGACUUUCCUUCACCAAAUAUUACUUAAUCCAUACGCAGAAGCCAUGUCACGUUUAAAACUUGAGGACAUUUUGAUCGACCGGCUUGCUCAAUCUCUCAAAGGGCCCGACCCAUAUAUCCAAGUACUGCUACUCGAUGUUGUCUUUGCCGCGCUUCGACUUCGAGAUUUGUCACCCGCGGAAUUGCCGUCUUCACCAAUUGGGGAGAAACGAUCCUUGAAUUACCCGUCCGGUAGUGCACGAAUGUCUGCAACUUCCCUAGAGCAUCUACCUGAAAUCACAACGGCGCCUCCAGCCUCAUUACUCAAAUGUAUACAGGCCGGUCUCAGUUCGCCUAGCAGCCGACCCGUACUGGAUAGCUGGGUGGGCUUCCUUGCCGAAUGUUUACCCUUAUACUCGGAUUCCAUUUUCCAAGUACUCAUACCUUUAGUAGAGACGCUUUGUGGUCAGGUAGCAAGCACAUUUAGCAACUUACAAACGACGUUCAAACAAGGCGGGAAACCGUCUGAGAGGAUUAACGCUCCUGAAUCAACUUUGAUAUCGUUGCUCAAUGCACUUGAGCAGGUGCUCGCCAAGGCACAUGAUCAGUUGCUGGCUGCAGAGGCUAGAGCCCAAGUCGCAAAAAGUCCUGAUCAACCUCAAGGUUUCUUUGGGAACAUGGUGUCUGGAGUUUUCAACUCCGAUGCUCCGCAGUCUCGAAGCGCCACCGCCAAUGAUAGGCUGACCGUAUUGCUUGCCUUUCAAGACGCAGUUAGGAUGUGUUUCAAAAUUUGGUCCUGGGGGCAAGGAAGCGAAGCCGGUACUAUAGAUGCUAACUCAGCUUCAUCGUUCAAUUAUACGUCUCUGCGCAUGCGAAACCGGGCUAGACGCCUCCUGGAGCACGUCUUCGCUGCUGAGGCGUUAGAAUGUCUAGAGACGGUAGUCGAUAUCUGGCGAUCUUCACUCAACGAUCCUGAUACUACUAAGCACACGGAAGUAUUUAAUCUACUUCCUGCAUUAGAUGGGUCCCGACCAAGACAUACUAUACCCGCUAUUUUCAAUGCUAUUUACAGCCGAUCAAAUCCGGGUGCAUUGGAAAUGUCUCGAAAGUCUACCUUAACGCUCGAGUUGCAAGAUACUGAUCUCGUCAUAUUCUUAGUUGAUUACGCUCGGUCUCUAGAAGACGACGCGAUGGAUGAGAUUUGGCAGGAUUGUAUGAUCUUCCUCAAGGACUUGCUAGGAAACCCUUUUCCGCACAGGCAAACAUUACCGAGUCUCUUGGAAUUCGCAGCAAUUCUAGGAGAAAAGGUGGAUAAUACAAAUUUCGGGGAGCAGAAAAAGAUGCGAAGGGACCUCGGAGAUCUCUUCUUACGACUGCUUACGGCUAUUUUCACCACAAGACCGACCUCCUUUACAGAUGGACCAUCAAAUUCGCAAACGGAUAAGUCAAAAGCCGGUGAAGGUCGUCUCAUAUCACCAGCAGAGAGAGCGGACGACAUAGUCGGCAUCUUAUCUAACAUUGUUCCCAACUUACCUAAGAUUCUCGUGGAAUCAGAUCGCGUCUUGACGGCAGCGGGUGCCAUUUCCGCCAACGUGAUCGGCCCGUCUAUUCGUUCAAAAUCAUUCCCAGAAACUAUCUCAAAGACCACAUUAACUCUACUUCAAGAGCUCACUAGACUUCCUGGCAACCAGAAGACUUGGAAGAAAGAUAUUGGGGACGCUUUCAACGACUCAAGAUUCUUCAACUCAUCAGUCGCUUUAGUACGGAGCGACUGGCUACCCUUAUUAAAGCAGUGGACGGUCGCAGACAAGGAUAGAAUGCCGGAGAUACUAAGCCGAAUUACGCCACCUACGACAGCCGGUAUCGUCUUUGGAGUGGGCGCCACGUCGGCGAGAUUGGAAGCCGAUCGCAAAACACAGCUCAAUCUCCGUCGUAUUGCAGCCCUUGUCCUUGCUUGUGGAACGGACACAUUCGUCACAGACCUACCAAAUAUUCUUGAACGCAUUAUCGAGCUGCUAGCAGCUACAUCCACAUCCUCCCCAUCAUCAACCACACGCGCAGAUAUAUACAUGGUGGUUCGGGCUCUCGUCCUCCGAACCUCCGCCAUACAUCUAGCGGCGCUUUGGCCUACCGUGAAUGCCGAACUCCAUGCAGCCAUAUCGUCUGUAGCAGCGCCGGAUAACAGCACGUCGUCGGACACUUUUAGCAAUACAUCCGUGCUCCAGGCAUGUAAACUACUAGAUCUGCUGGUCGCGGCCGCACCAGAUGACUUCCAAUUGCAUGGGUGGCUUUUUGUCACUGAUACCAUUGACGCCGUCUACCGCUUCGCUGGUUACCAGCCAGUGGCGUUGGCUGACGAGUUGUCUGAUGAGCUUGGAAAUAACAUUAUAACACCGCACGUCGAGUCUACAGCCGCCGCUGCCGCAAUCGCUGCCCAGGCAACAGAGGGAUCGACACCGUUGAGAAAACCACUUCUCGGUCGGCAUGUUGGUGGUAUUGACGACGAGCUCACAGUAGAUCGGAGAGACGAACUAGUGGCCAAGAUACUAAGGCCAUUCUUUGGCCAAUUGAGUAUUUAUGCAUUCGAAUCGACGUACGCCAUGGGAACGCUGGACGUUGAAACGUGUGUGGAAGGGUUGCUGGCGGAUUUGUUCGAUGAGAGGACUAUUGUUAAGGCGUUGUAGUUGUAGUUGUACUACUAUGAUGGGGUGAGUUGGAGGGGUGUAGAAUAGGGGAAUGAAAUACUUGACAACACCGUAUUUUUUUAUGUAGAGUGACAAUAAGUGUGAGUGAAUGUGUAGAAUGACGCGGAAAUGCGCUACAGAUCUAUGCCCCAAAGGCUUUUCCGAGAAUAUGGCGGAAUUGCGCCCCUUUCUCCCGCUAUUAGGCGCAUUUUAGCGAUGCACUG